CAGACUCGUUCGGAACAUCAGUUGCAAUGGUGCAGAUCAAAUUCCUUUUCGUCUUCCUGGCUGUGAUGACAAUUGUUGUCCUGGCCGCCAAUAUGGCUGAUGCCGAUUGCCUUUCCGGCAAAUACAAGGGUCCCUGCGCCGUCUGGGACAACGAGAUGUGCCGACGUAUUUGCAAGGAGGAGGGACAUAUCAGUGGCCACUGCAGUCCCAGCCUGAAGUGCUGGUGCGAAGGAUGCUGAAUCCAUACUAUAUCCAUUUGAAAUGUGUAUAUUGAAUAUUUCAUUCUAAACAAAUAAUAUAUAAAUAUAAAGGCCUCUUACGCUUAUCACUCAU